UUCACUGUCGGGCCAGUAUUUGUACUUGUGUUUCACAUUCUUGGAUACUUGAAAAGAACGAAGACGCACUGAUAGAUUUUAUCUAUUGACUAAGAACUAAGUAGUCAAUCUGACAUGAGUAAAGAAUGCAACCCCACGGUUUACGAGGAAUUAGGAAAGUUGAAUGACUGAAGAGUGUCUAUAAUGAGCGUGAACGCAGUGAAGGCUAGCCUCUGACAUUGUCUCUCCCAGAAAUUUCUCUCCCACGCUUUGUACUACAAUAUUCCUUCAACCCCAGUUUUUUUGUAUUACAGAAAGUUGAGGCUACUGGUGAACAUGGCAUCCUCAUCCUUUGUCAGAAUAACAGUUCUGAUAUGGGCUGACAUACUAACAGCUUAUGCCCUGUUUGUGAUGAUGCAAUACUUGACAAAUGUCUGGAAGCUUAACUUUACCCAUGCUGCUGCAAUUGUGAAUGUGUUUUCUGGUGUUGCGACCAUAAUGCCUAUAGGCAUGGCCUUCCUUGUCGAUGCUUUCAUGGGUGACUAUUGGAUGCUCUUGCUCUCUAGUCUUGCUUAUAGCUUUGGGUUAAGCUUCUUGGCAAUGUCAACACCACAUGUUCUUCCAGAUGCUGCAAGGAACUGUGAUGCACACAAGCCAGAUUGCAUUGGUGAUGCCCAAAAGGUUCUCUUCUAUACAGCAUUAGUACUGAUAGCCAUUGGGAUAUCUGGUCAUAUCACAUCCUUAGAGUCUUUCCUGGAACAACAAAAGGAGAACCAAACAAGUGCUCAAGAAAAUUCUGAAAAGCCAAAGCCAACGCCACGUCAAGUGGCAGGCAGCCUUUUUGUGGUCCUUCUUGCAAUUGUUGGAUGUAUUGCACUUCCAUAUAUAAAGCCAUGGUCUGUCCGAUUUGGAAUACCAGCAAUAUGUACUGUAGUGGCAACAUCUAUAUUCACAACUGGCUCGUGUUCAUACAGAUGUUCUAGACCGCCGGGGAGUCCUCUUACUACUCUAUGUAGAGUCUUUGUAGCCUCUGCUUCCAAGACGUUUCGUCAUCUCCCACCAAAUGAUAUUCAGGAGCCUUACACGCGGAGUCUCAGGUGCCUUGACAAGGCUGCCAUUGAAGUCCAAACCCAAAAUCAAGAGCAGAUUGAACAAAGUAGAUGGAAACUUUGCACCAGAGAAGAGGUGGAGGAUACUAAAAUGGUUAUACGCAUGAUACCCAUGUGGAUGACCUUCAUUAUGUGUGGGGUUGUGAUUUCCAUAGGAAACACUUAUUUUUUAGAUCAAGCAAAUGAUAUGAAUCGCAAGGUUGGAGAAUUGAAGGUCCCUCUUCCCAUAUUUAAAUUUUUCUAUGACCUUGUAAAAGACAAGUUCCAUAAAAAGUAUGUCAAAUUAACUGAAAAAUUAAUGAUUCCAGGAAAAUAUGUACCCCCCUUUGGAAUCUUUGUAGCAAUGCUGUUUUCUAUAUUAUGUUGUAUCACAGCUGCAGGAGUGGAAACCAGGAGGCUUGACAUGAUUAGAAGGCACAGGUUACUUGACAAACUUAAUGACAAUAAUGAGAAAAUCCCAAUGAGCAUGUUCUGGCUUCUUCCACAGUUUCUCCUUCUUGGUGCCGUUGAAGGAAUGGCUAACUUCAGCAUUGAUCAAUUCUUCAUUAAUCAAGCUCCUGCCUCAAUGAGCCGCUACUUGAAACUUUUCCGCCAUGGUGUAAUUGGAGCAGGAGCUGUUGGUAGUGUCCUUUCGGUUUAUGUUGUGGGUAAAUUCAGUGAAAGGGGAGGAAGAACAAAUUGGUUUCAGGACACACUGAAUAAAAGUCGAUUGGAUAACUACUAUUGGACACUGACAGUGUUGAGUUGUAUAAAUCUUUUUUUGUACAUCUUGGUGGCAUUGCAGUACACCUAUAGAGACCCACCAAAUAAAGAUGCUGAUUAAACAUCAAAGAAUGAAGAACCUACCCAACCUUAGGAAGAUGAUGUGCAUUGUUAUUAUUGUUGUUGUUAGUAUUCUUAGAUGAAUUUCAUUUUACAUCCAUUUCCUUGUAUUCUUCAAUUCAAUGUGUCAGUAUUCUCUGUAUUGAUUGACGUUUGUGAAGUGCAGUGUAUCAACAAGCUGAAGUUAAUGAAACUGAAGUGAUUUCUUUUUC